UUUUACUGUUCACGCGGUUUGUGGGAUCAACAGCACCGCGUAUCUUCUACAUUGAAACAUCAACACCACCUCUUUUUACUCAACAAAUUGAAACCCUCACCUAACACUUAUCUUCUCUUCGUUAUCUUCUGUUCAUCUUACAAGAAGAUAUGGAGAUCAUUUCCGUUUUGUUUUUUCUUCUUCUUUUUAUUGCUAGCCUUUUUCAUAUUUUCUUUCGUUUUCCAACCAACAAGGUCCAUGCAUGGAUCAACUCUUUCUUCACUAAAACUUGUCCAAAAACAAACACCACUGUUGCCGCUGCUAGUGCUCGACAAGUUUCGGAAUCUCCCAAAGAAAGGAAGAGUAGUAGUGGAUAUAAGAAAGUUGAGCUGAAAAGGGUAUUUGCCACCUUUGACAAGAACGGUGAUGAGUUUAUAACAAAGCAAGAGCUUCGAGAGUCGUUGAAGAAUCUGAGUAUCUUGGUUACAGAGAAGGAAGUAGAAGAAAUGGUAGUGAAAGUUGAUGCUAAUGGAGAUGGGUUGAUUGACUUUGAUGAGUUCUGCAUGUUGUACGAGGCUAUGAUUGGGCAUCAAGAUCAUGGAGCUUCAGGGAAGAUCGAAGAAGUUUUUGAUCAAGAGGAGGAUUUAAAGGAGGCUUUUGAUGUGUUUGAUAAAGAUAAAGAUGGGUUAAUUUCAGUGGAGGAGUUGGGUUUUGUUUUGUCUUCGUUAGGUUUAAAAGAAGGGAAGAAGAUUGAGAAUUGCAAAGAGAUGAUCAGGAGGGUUGAUAGUGAUGGAGAUGGUAUGGUUAAUUUCGAUGAGUUCCGGAGGAUGAUGAAGCCUGGAGGAAAGCUUGUUGCAGCCUUCUGAUUCUCAAUGGAGUCUAAGUCCAACCUUACUAGCCGGAGGUAAUUUGGAGUUUCUGUUACAUGAAAGAGGAGAAACAAAAUUCAGAUACAACAAUAAAAGUGUUUUUAACCUUCUUCUUAAAAAUGUUUGGCUUCAACCUCACAUGUAUCGUGCAGUACAUAUGUAAAGGCUCAGGGUUUCAAAAUGUUUGAUAUAUUUUAUAAAUUUUUCUUUCGUUUU